GCUUCUCAUGCUGAAACACAAUCAUCGAGGCCUCCAGCACAUUGGUUAAUUAUGCCACCUUUGGUCCGCUUUUUGUCUUCAUAAAGGUCUCUGACUGUAUCUCUCUUUGGAAUCUGUUCUUCUCUCGGAAAAAGCCUGCACACGCAGUAUGCAUGUCUCCCUUUGCAGGUCAUCAAACCCCUUUAUAAACCACGCCUGGGUCACAGAGAGUCAAAGCUCUUGCAAACAGAGAGAGAGGGAAAGCUAAGUGCUGCCUGAAGCAAAGAAUCGCCUGUCAUUUCAACCAAUUCUAUUUUGCUUCUUUUUCCUGGGGGUACUAUGUGGAAAGCUGUGGUUCUGGCUGUGUGUCUGCUGGUGGCUGGGGUUCAGCCCAUGGAUGACCCAACAUAUGGGGUGAAGCUUUGUGGCCGUGAGUUCAUCCGGGCAGUCAUAUUCACUUGUGGAGGCUCACGAUGGAGACGGUCAGUCAGGGGUGCAGAUGUUUCAGAAGACCCAUUCAGUUCCCAUCAGGAGGAGUCCUCGGAGGGCUUGAGCCACAGCUCCGUGGUGGAGGGUCUUCUCCAAAGGAACAGAGAUCUGGGCUUUACAACUAAAGACAACCAGGAGGGAGUGUUCAGCAGACCAGCCCGUUCUUUCAUUACCGAGGAGAUCCUGGAAGCCCUUCGCAAGGCUGACCGCAAGGGCCGGGAUGUGGUGGUGGGCCUGUCCAACGCCUGCUGCAAGUGGGGUUGCAGCAAGAGCGAGAUCAGUUCCCUUUGCUGAGUUGACAUUCCCCAUCUGAAUGAAUAUCCCGGCAGACAUAUACUGUAUACAUAAGUACACAAACAGACACACAAAUACACAUAUGCACACACUCCAUCCCCCCAUCCCACUUCUCACAGUCUUUUUUUUUAUAUCCUGUAUCCUUCAGUGUACACAUUGUAUGAACUGUCUGAAUUGUUGUUCAGUUUUUAGUAUCUAUGAAGUGUGUAUAAUGUUUAUAUAAAUGUUUAUACAUACAUGUCUGUUAAAAAUGUAUUUUAGGCCUUGUAAUGAACAGCCUUAAUUAUUCGGUCUUGAACCAAGCAGUUUUAUCCUUCUGAACUACUAUCAUUCACAUUGUAAUAAACAUUUUUCCCCCCGUAAGCUGAAUUGUGUACAUGGGAAUGCAAAGAAUAGAAAGCUUUGUUAAGAUCAUUUGACAAAAUCUGAAAGAAAAAAAAAAGUCACAAUGUCUAAUCUUGUUUGCAAAAUGUACACUGUUGGUCUUUUGUACUUGCUUCAUAGCAUGCAGAGUGCUAGCUGGGUUAAAGGUGCAGAUCAAUAAUAAAAUUUGUG